AUGGAUUCAUUGAAGCAACUCCUGCGCCGUGAUGCCAGCGACUCUGAUUACGAUGCCUACUACGGUCCCAGCAUGGGGCCUCUUGUGAUGGUCUUCUUUGGCUUGAUUCUUGCUGGUUCCGUCCUAUCCCUGGUCUUGGUCUGCCUGCGCCGUAAGCGGAUAGCCCAACGUCAGGCAUUGCUACCACAAUAUCGCGCCCAUUCUCACCACCGCUCGGCUUCAGUCACCAACUUGCCUAACUUGGGCCGGAACGAGAGUGUCUAUGUCUACGAUGAGAAGAUGAAUCUGAUUGCCAACUCAGCCAACCCGUCCUCCACCGCCGUUCCCCAGAUCCGUGUCACCUUCCCGGAUGACAAUGAGAGCAGCAGCCAGCCUCGUCCUGGCCGUGUAGUUGUCGUUCACGUUACCGACAGCGGCAGUGUUGGCAUGUCCCCACUCUCGCAGGAACCUGCACCGCCUUACCAGCGUGCCGAUGCUGAGCGUUUCCAAUCUCUUGACCUCGACCGUAUGGGUGGGCUCCGAGAGAAGGAGGGCAACCAGCAGCGCUACUCUUGA